AAUAGAAACCGCAAGUAUACGGAGAAAAAAGGACCAGCAGCAGCAGCAGCAGCGUCUAUUUUCUUCUACAUUCCCUUCUGCGCACAUCAUUGCCCAUUGACCAAAGAAGAACCAAUCCAAUUCGCUAUGGAUGCCACUCAAGCUACCGAACUUCGGAGUUCGGAGGUUCAUCGAUGAGUGCAAGUCGAACCCCGCUUAGGUGCUCAGCUCCCCCCCUGAAGUUAAGUCCGAGAAAGGAGGAGAGGCUGAAAUGUCUAGUUCUGAUGAGAAGCCCAGUUGAAGUGACAGAAGAGAAUCAGGAUGCUGCUCAGGCAGAGAAAGCAAAAGCUGUAGAGUCUCUCUCCGAAGGUGUGCUCAGUGAAGCAAUAGAUCAUUUGACAGAUGCCGCUCUGUUGAAUCCAACUUCAGCAAUACUAUAUGCAACUAGAGGUAGUGUCUACCUUAAAAUGAAGAAACCAAAUGCUGCAAUACGAGAUACAAGUGCUGCUUUGGAGAGCUUCUCGCUUGAUGGUGUUGUACUUCACAGCCACAUGUUGUGGCCCCUUGCUGAGUCAUCUCUCCUCAUUUUACGAGCCUGGCCGAGAAGUAGCCACCCGAAAGUUGCUUUCCUGAAAGCCGACAUUGACGAGGCUAGGGACGUUGCAGCGAGGUGGAAUGUAAGCAGCGUGCCUACUUUCUUCUUCAUCAAGAAAGGCAAGGAAAUCGACCAAGUCGUCGGUGCUGAUAAAAAUGGACUCGAAAGGAUGCUUCAACAAUCAACAGCAUGCUGCUGCUUAAGUUAA